GGGUUUCGAUGAGAGGCUUGCAUAUUGAUGCGUUGGGGAUGGGUCUGGUUUCCCUUUGCUGCGGUUGCAUUGGUUUAAGUGAUAAGGGUGAAAAAAGCCAUGUGAUCUCCUUAGUUUUUCUAGUGAACCUAAGGGCAACAUCGGGAAUGGCGAACAAGUAGCAAUGGACACAACAAACAAGACCAAAGCCCGACAUUCCAGGGCGCAACGAUUUCUGUGUUGCUUUUGCUUUCGAACAGGUGAGAAAGACUGCUUGGAAUGUGAUCAGGAGAAUCCACAAAAUCCCAAAGAUGUUUUGGAUGAUGAGAGCAUCCAUAUUGUUGUUGAAGAUUUGGGAAUAGACAACCCCGGAUUUAUCCUCUCUGAAGUGGAGCGCUGCAGGCCACCUCAACAGAGCACCAUGGGUCGUUCUGCCAGUUCGGUGUCCACAUGCCGAAGAGCGGCACUGAAGAAGAAGCUUGCACCUCUUUCCUCUUUACCGCUUCAGUACAGAGCUCAUGUGGGGAACAAUGAGGAAGACUUUGUAGAUGCUCUGACACCACCGGUCAUCAAUCUCAUACCGCCCACACCUUCUGAUGUAGUAGACGAUGACCAAUUCUUCGACAUGAAUUCGGAAGAAGAGAGCCCGUUGCAAACGUCGGGCAGCGAAGGAGUGGAUAGCAUCGGCAGUGCAGUCACCGGAGAGCAAGAGAGUGAAGAUGGUGAGAAAAUAGGCCAAGAUAUAGAGUUUGAAGGUAGCGGUGGCACCAAAGAUGAAGAAAGUCCAGAGUUGGACCCCCAAGAGGUCACAAUGACCAAGAAGGACAGAGUGGACAAGUCCACCAUCCACUUUCUGCGCAGUACUUUUCAAGUGGCCCCGCUUCCUGAAUACCCACGCAAAAGAAGCCUCAAUACUGGAGUCAGUUUGCUACAGUUCACAGAACAUAAUUUGGAGAUGGACUCAGUGACCCAGACAAAGUUCUCUGCAUUCGAAACUGCUUUCCCAUCAACUCAGGGGCAAUAA